ACCACCAUGCAACACAACACGUUCCACACAUAUAUAAUUUUGCAUGGAAAUAAUUUGUAUUUGUUCCUCUGGAAAUGAAAUUCCUGUCGUCUGAAUGUAUUGUAAGCAUGCAAAAAUGUCCUCCUGUUCCUCAGAUUUAUCACAUGACAUCUGAAGACUCGAAACGUUGUGCUUCUUUAUAAAGUACUGUUUGCUAUCCAGUUCUACGGACUUCUUUUGCAGAGCUUCUUUGUCAUUUUUGGAGCUCAGCAGUCUUAAAUUCCACAUUUAUUGUAUGGAAGAGAUUAGUCUUUUUAUCUGAACAGUAUUUAAACUGUUUUUGGAGUGACUCCGGGGGGGUUUAUUGAUGACAGGAUUUUCUUUUUUGAGUGAGCUGUCAUAUUUAAAGUAAGCGUGUGAUUUAGUGUGUGUGUGUGUCUGAUCAGUGUUAGACUCUUUCUAAGUCCCUGCCUGCUCUCUCUCAGGUACGGUACCGUAGAGAACACCUGUCCGGCCGGCCGUUCCCACACCUGGCUGUGAUGGAGGACCUGAUGAAGGAUGUUUGUGACGGAGCAGCUCUGCUAGCGGUCAUUCACUUCUACUGCCCUGAAUACAUGAGGCUAGACGAUAUUUGUCUGAAGGAGGUGCCGUCUCUGUCGGACAGCGUUUAUAACAUCCAUCUGCUCCGGGAGUUUUCUAACGAAUACCUGAACCGCUGUUUUUACCUGCACACUGAAGAUCUGCUCUACGGCCCGCCGGUGCUGAAGGUUCGUGAGGAAUCAUUUCGUUCAGUAGUACAACAGUACAGAUAAAGAGGUCACCUUCUA